AUGGCCAUUACUGUGGGUGUCGCUGGAAUUACUGGGAAAUUCGCCCGCCUAGUGGUGAAAAGCCUCCUCGCUUCUCCUGAGGCUACCAUCCGAGGGUUCUGCCGCAACCCUGCAAAGCUCCCUGAAGUCGUUCGGUCGAGCGCCCGAGUAACCAUUCAGCAGGGCGAUUCCUACGACUUGGACGCCCUGCGCUCGUUCGCACACGGCUGCGAUGUCGUCAUUUGCUGUUAUCUUGGUGACAACCACUUCAUGGUUGAGGGACAGAGGCUUCUCGUGGAUGCGUGCGAGCAUGAAAAUGUCCCACGCUACAUUGCCAGCGACUACUGUCUCGACUUUACCAAGCUUGAAUUCGGCCAACACCCGGCUAAGGAUCCAAUGAAGCAUAUCAAGGCAUAUGUCGAAACAAAGAACAACAUCAAAGGUGUACAUGUUCUGAUUGGGGUAUUUAUGGAAACCUUCUGGAGUAGAUACUUUGGAGUAUGGGAUGCAGAUGAGUUCAAGCUCUUCUACUACGGGAAUGGGGAUGAAGUCUGGGAAUCAACAACAUAUGGAACAGCAGCAGAGUAUGUGGCCGCUGUGGCAUUGGACGCGAGUGCAGUGGGCCUACAGCAUUUUCUGGGGGACCGAAAGAGCAUCCGUCAAAUCGCGGACGAGCUCGCCGAAGUUUAUGGAAAGAAGCCACAGUUGGAGCGAUUGGGCUCUUUGCAGGACCUUUACACCCAUAUGCAAGCCAAAUUCAAAGAGGACCCUUCCAAUAUCUUCGCAUAUCUAGCCUCGUUCUACCAAUACUACUGCACCAAUGGACAAACAUAUUUGAAGAAGGAGUUGGACAAUGUCAAGUACCCCCAAGUGAAGCCUGCCACCUUCCAAAGUUUUAUGCAGUCUCAUACCCCGCAAGGGCUUUCUGAUUCGUACCAGAAUGCGGGAUCCUGUGUGUAA